AUGAAUCUUUCUAGUUUAUUAGAGGAUCAAGAUCAGUAUACUAUGAUACUCUCGCAAUCUUAAGGAGUAGUUUCCAUUAUGUAAGAGUUAAUGAGGCAAACACAGGAUGAAUUCAACAUGCAAAAUAGUUGUGAGAGCAGAGAGGAAGAUUAAAUACUUUAAAGCAUUUCCUAAUUCUUCGAUAAAAUAUUAUUAAAUGAGUCUAGCAAUGAAGGGUCAAAAGCGGGAAGAUAGAUUGAUGUAGAUAAUCUUUCAAUUGACAAUCUUGAAUAAAUAAAGGCUUCCUUGCAUCGAUUGGAUUCAAUUGAAAUAACUAAAAAGGAACUCAAAUCUUACUAGAUCGGUAAACUAGUCAAUAAACUCUACAAACGCUAUAGAUUCAAGGAAGCAACUCAACAGUUGAAUCUUUAGUGCCAGUAUAAGAGCUUAAUUGAGUUGAGGAAUUAUACCCUUUGCAGAAGUAAAAUCUACAGCGCAUAUUUAAAGAAUGGAAAGAAAAAAGAACUUAUUGAAAAAAUUAUGAAACUCAAGGUUGAUAUCAAAACUCAAGAAAAAGUUGAUGCCAUGAUAUAAUAAUAUACAGAAUAUGAAAUAGUCCUUGAUCUACAAAAAGCAAAAGAAAAAUCUGGGUAUUAAUAAAAGAAGAACUAUACCAAUGGAAGCGCAAGUAGUUUGUAUAAUAGGAGGCAUGACAACACCACAUUCACUCUUAGAAAUUUGCUAGGAUUAUACAUUGGAUACUUUAAUUAAAGGAAUACUUUGGAGUAAGUUAAAGGAUUUGAAUAAAUAGGUGAAAUGAUAAAGAGGAUUGGUGAUUUUAAUCCGUUAAAAUUACCAGAAGAUCAUAAUCUGAUAAAUUAGAAAAUUAUUGAUCGAAAUUAGGAACGAGUGAACAUAGAAAAAAAAAUCCAGAAAUGUCUUAGGAAUGCUAAACUCUCGAAAAUAUGCUUUUGCAUCUUACAAAGAUCUGAUUAGAACACUGUAGACAAUUAGAUAAACAAGCUGAAUGUGAAGCGAUAAGUUGCCAAAAAAGACAAGGAUGAAAAAGAGAUUGAGAAACUGAAGGGAAUUAAUGUAAAACUGAGAAAUAAACUUAAAGAGCUGAAUACUUUACUAGAAAAGACUCUUGAAAAGGCAAAUACUCGCAAGAUUUAUAAGAAUAAGGAAACAAAGUAAUAAGAUGUGGGUCAUUAGAUCUAAGUUAAGUAGAAGGAACUCAAGAAUUCACAAAAUCAGAUUGAGCUAUAUAAAAAAGAAAUAUAGUAGUUAUAAGGUAAAAUUGAGUAACUGUCAGGUGUAGACAAGAUUCUUGCCCUUGAAACUAAGCUUAAGGACAGUCAAAAAGAGAAGACAGAUUUGGAAAAGAAGGUCAAGGAUUUGGAAAAGUAACAUAAAAAUCAAGGUAAAGCUUUGGAAAAGCUUGCAAAUGAGGAAGAAUAUCAAUCAAAGAUGAAAUCAUUGGUUGAUGAACUUAGAGUAUGGAAAGAAAAAGUUAAGAAGCUGGAGGUAUAAUAGGAAAAAGAAGAAGCAAGCAGGAAAAAUUAAAGUGAAAAGAUUGUGCAGGUGCAAGAAGAGAACAAGAGGUACCAAUCGUAAAUAGAACAACUGAAAGCUAAAAAGGGAAUAAUCGACUAGGAGAUCGAAAAGGAAAGCACUUCCAAAGAGGAGUUAGAAAGAUUAGAAAAUGAGAAAAAGCUGCUUGAAAGCUAAAUAGCAGAUGAAGAGAAAAAACAUAAAAUUGAAAUGAAAAAAUGGGAUAAAAAGAUUUCUCAAAGUGAGCAAAAACUUGAAGCUUUAAAUAAAGAACUCAAAGAGAAAGAGCAAGAGAAUAGAAUAAGUAAACAUAAAAUAAAGGAGAUGAGGAGACACUUAAAACAUAACUAAUUGAAGCCAUUAAAUGUAGGUUCUGCUCAAGGCAGUGAAUAAGUUGAAACCAAUAGUGCUUCUUAAAGCAAUCAUUCAUAAGUGUAGCUUGCUCCAUUAAGUAAGGAUAAUUUAAAAAAGCUUAAGGACAGUAACAUUACAAACAAUGAUCAUCAAGAAGGGGGUAAUACUUUUAUGACUAAUGGUCAUCAUUAAAAUAACGACAACCAUCAUUACAAUUAGCCAAGAUGA